AUGUCCCUAAUUCCAUACCACCCUCGCGAGGGCCGUGAAAUAGUCCUCCGUCAUCGCAACGCCGUCGUUGUUCGAGAUCCCGACUCCCAGCGCCUCGAAAUUCGCGGUCAGACAUGUCCGCAUUGCCAGCAGCCGCUGCCGCAAGGCUCGACUUCUGCGGCCAAUCAUACCUAUGACCGGUACGAAGGAGCCGAAGAUUCCUUUGUCGAUCCAGAAUACUUUCGCAUGCUGCGCCGCGGCAAUUACAAUUUUCUCCCUGCCGCCCGAGCUUCGCAGAGCCCCGUGCGCACGCUGCCGCGGCCCGACUACAACGGCGGCCGCAUCGGAUUUCGAUCGCCAGAGGUGCUGGACGAAGAAGAAGAAGAAGACCUGGAGCCUAUUCGGGCUCCGGAGCAGCCGCAGAGGAGGGGCAGCAGAAUCCGCCGCGAAGCCUUCAGUCCCAACUACUACAAGACCUUUUUCAGUGAGGAGCGUGUUCUGGGAAAAGGCGGCAAGGGAGUCGUUUUGCUCGUACGACACAAACUAGACGGGCAUAGUCUCGGGCAGUUUGCUUGCAAGCGAGUCCCUGUGGGCGACGAUCACGAAUGGCUGGAAAAGGCCCUGGUUGAGGUUGAACUGCUGGCUAACCUCUCGCACCCAAACCUGGUUUCCUACCGCCAUGUGUGGCUGGAGGAUGUGCGGUUGAGCAUGUUUGGCCCGCCAGUUGCCUGCGCAUUUAUCCUUCAGCAAUACUGCAAUGGCGGCGACCUGCAGCACCAUGUUGUCGGCGAUGUCCCGACGCCGACGACCAAGGAAGAGCUCAAAGCCCAAAUGCGACGGCGGUCAAAGGGCCAGCCCGAGCCGCCUAAAAAUCUCACCGCUGUCAAGUCCCAGCUCGCGUUGGAGGAAAUCUACUCGCUCUUCAAAGACGUCACGACCGGCGUCGACUACCUUCAUCAUCAUAACUAUAUACACCGCGACCUGAAGCCCAGUAAUUGCCUAAUACACCGCGACAACUCUGGUAUACGGUGCUUGAUUAGUGACUUUGGCGAGGUUCAGGUGGAGAAUGCAGCCAGAAACUCGACCGGAGCUACGGGUACCAUAUCGUACUGCGCCCCGGAAGUUCUUAAGCUGGACCCGGCGACUGGCUUCUACGGCAACUUUACGACCAAGUCGGACAUGUUUUCGCUGGGCAUGAUUCUAUAUUUCAUGUGCUUUGGCAAGCUGCCGUAUCGCAGCGCCAACGCCAUACAAGAGGAGCUGGAGGAUGUGGAGCUGCUACGCGCCGAGAUUGCAGACUGGAAGGGCUUCAAAGACGAGCGGCGCGAAAGGCCCGACUUGCCAGCCAAGCUGUACACGCUGCUCAAGAAGCUGCUGUCUCUCGAUCCCGCGGAGAGACCGAGCGCAAACGAAGUGUUACACGCGAUGACGAGUGAGACCAACUUUGAGACCCUGGGACGUCCAGAGCGGGCCAAUCCGGUGCUGGGGGGCUUGCGCGGGAGCCGAGUGCAGAAUCUAGAUACCCCAGCUGGGUCAGGAACGCCCGUACCAGGUGAGUUUUUCGAAGCUGGAUUCGGAAACACCUCGUAUAUUAACCUCAGCUGUCCAGACACGACACAAAACACGAACCGAGGCUACGAUGACUCGGCAGCCUGGGUUGCGUCGGAGAAUGCAGACGCGAAUACAUCGUCGGGCCUCCCUAACGACCAGGUGGUUGAGCAGUCGCUCACAGUCUCGCACCGAGACGCAAAUGGCUACCGGGAUGAAUCUGCAACGCCGACCGCCACCAGCGUCAUUGCCGCGGCGCCGCGGCACUUGUCCCCCCACGAUCACCACCACCAGCGGGCGCCGACCACGCCGCUGCUGCUGCCCCCGCCGCGCAGUCGCUGGGCGGAAAUCGAGCACCGCAUCUCCGUCGUGCUCUACCACGCGUGCCACGCCCUGGGCAUCGAGACGCAGUCGCUCGUGUACGCCUUCCAGCUGGCCCUCUUUGCGCUCAAGACGGCGACGCUGGCGCGGCCGUGCUGGCCGUACGUCGCGAACCUCGAGGUGUGCGCGCCGCUGCUCGUCGUCGCCGCGCUCGAGCUGCUCUUUGCCUCGUCGCCCGUGAGCCACGUCGGCGGCGGCGGUUCGCUGCGUGGCGGCCAGCCCUACCACGUCGGCGGGCUGUUUCAAGCCCGUGGCACGGGCGCCUUGCUGCUCGCAUUUCACUUUGCCACGCUGUGGCUCGCGGGCCGCUGGGAUGCCUUGUGCGUCCACGGGCCGCACCAAGAAUGGACCGAUUGGUAG